UUUUCCUCGGUUGCAUAUCCGAAUUGAGAUAAGCCCCAUUAAGCGUAUAGAAAAAAAAAAUCUUGAUUUGUUUUCGUGCAAAGAAGAAGAGUUGCCCAAUAACCUAAUCUGUUCUGAAUAUUUUUAAUUUUGAAGAGGGACAGUAAAAGGAAAUGACAAAAGACAAUAAAAAGGAAAACCAGUUCGUUUAUUUUGAUUUCGUUUUUAAUAACGUUAAAGCGGGGAGGGUGAUAAUCGAGCUGUUCAGUAACACUGUUCCAAAAUCAGCUGAAAAUUUUCGAGCCUUGUGUACCGGUGAAAACGGUAUAGGCAAACAUAACAAACCUUUACACUACAAAGGCACCAAAAUACAUAGAGUUUUAGUUGUUCCACUCUGUCUUGUACAAGGAGGAGACAUCAUUAAUGGGGAUGGUUCAGGCGGGGAGAGUAUAUAUGGAGAUUACUUUGAUGAUGAAAAUUUGGAAUUGACACAUAAUGUGGAGGGUAUUGUGGGUAUGUCCAAUGAUGGCCCGGACAGGAAUACUUCACAGUUCUAUAUCACCACCCAACCCUGCCCGCAUUUAGAUGAGUCACAUGUUAUUGUCGGUAAAGUUGUGAAAGGGCUCAACAUAAUCGUGGAGAUGAGUGACAUUCCCAAGAUCAACGACAUUCCCUUAGAGGAUAUCAUCAUCACUGAUUGUGGAGAGAUAAAACCUGGAGAUCAGUGGAACUAUUCCGAAAAGGAUGGGACCGAUAUCUAUCCUCCCUGGCCAAAUGAUUGGGAUAUCAACCCCACGGCAUAUGCCUUAGUCGAGAACGCGAUAAAAGAUAUAAACAAAUCAGGAAACAUUUACUUUCGACGGCAGCACUUUUUCGAUGCAGAGCGCAAGUACAAGAAAACUCUGAGAUAUAUUGACUGGUACUUGAAUGAGAACAAGAACAACAACAAAGAUAUCAGAGAGUUUAGAAACAUGGUUUUGUUGAAUUUGACGGCCGCCAGGCUAAAAGUAAACAAAAAUAAAGAGGCCCUGAUACACUGUAACGAAGUAAUAAAGAAUUGCCCAAAGAAUGGUAAAGCUUAUUACCGCCGUGCAAAAGCUAGAUUGGCUCUAAGUGAUUAUGAUGAGGCAUUGAAAGAUUUGGACAGGGCUUUAGCAUUACAUCCCAAUGACAGCAACGUGAGGGACGUAAUAGAUGUUGCGAAGAAAUUGAAGCUGAAGUAUCUGAAGACAGAGCAGAAGUUUUGCGCAAAGUUCUUUAAGGACUAACUUUACCAUAACACAAAACUUAAAUUUAUUGUUAAAAAUUGAAGUUUUCUACCUCAUAUGGUGUAUAUGUUAUAAAUGUACAGUAACUUAGAAAUAUCUAUUUUUUUUGUAAAUGUAAAACCAGGAAUAGAUAUAAGUACAAUAUUUUAUUGACUAGAUUUCAUAAUAAGCAUAAAUUUUUAAUA